AUGGGCGGGUUCCAGAUUGUAGAGGACCGCCCCACCCCAAAGGCCGUCUACAACGCGCGCAUCUACACCCUCGCCCUCGUAUGCUGUACGUUUGGUUUGGCACAGAAGUAUCCUUUGAAACAUGAGCUCACGCCGCCCCCAGCCUUCGGCGCUCUGACAUUCGGCUAUGAUGGUGCGUUUGUCGGGACAACCAUCGCGCGCAAGUCGUUCCAGGACGCACACGGCAUCACGCAGAUGAGCGCCGACCGCAAGCGACAGACAAUAUCCAACCUCACGUCCGUGUACCUGUCGGGCGCGUUCUUUGGCGCACUGUUCGCGUGGCCCGCGAUGGAGACGCUCGGGCGCCGGUUCCCGCUCCAGGUCGCCGCGGUCGUGUUCAACGUCGGCGCCAUCCUCAUGUUCGCGUCCGACCAUUCCCUGGCGAUGCAGUACGCCGGCCGUGUGAUCACCGGCCUCGCUGUCGGGUGCUUCACGGCGGUGAUCCCGACGUUCAUCUCCGAGCUGUCGCCUCCAGCUAUCCGCGGCCAGCUGACGGGCUUCUUCGAAAUCAUGUACCAGGCCGGCGCGCUCGUCGGUUUCUGGAUCAACUUUGGCAUCAACACGCACAUGGACGUGACGAGCACAAAGUCGUGGAAGAUCCCCAUGGCCAUCCAGCUGAUCCCUGGCGGCCUGCUGGGCAUCGGCACCUUCUUCCUCAAAGAGUCGCCCGCGUUUCUCCUCCGCAAAGGAAGGGACGAGGAGGCGCUCGCUAUCCUCACUUGGAUCCGCAAGCUCCCCUCAGACUCCCAGUACAUCCAGGAGGAGGUCGGUAUGGUCCGGUCCGUCAUGCGUGAAGAGGCGACCCUCGGAGGGGGCAAGGGGCAGGGCGGCAUCAUGGGCUACCUCCGUGGCGCGUUUGGCGAGAUUAUCCACGUCAAGAGCACGCGCCACAGGAUCAUAGUCACCUUCUUCAUGUUCCUCUUCCAGAACUUUAGCGGUGCGGUCGUCAUCAACUACUACUCGCCGACCAUCUUCAAGUCGAUCGGUAUCAGCAAUGUCGCGCUGUACACGGGCAUAUACGGUUUGAUCAAGGCUGUCGGCUCGUUCAUCUUCUUCCUGUUCAUUGUCGACAGGUCCGGCAGGCGGAAACCCUGGCUCAUCUCGGCGGCCGCGUGCACCUUGUGCCUCAUCUACCUUGGCGUCUUUGUCAAGAUCGCGCACCCGACCGACGGUGUGCCGCUGUCAAAGUCGUCCAAGGCAGGCGCCAACGCGGCCAUCUUCUUCAUCAUGACGUACUCCAUGUUCUGGUCCUUUGGCGGCAACGGCCUGCCGUGGAUCGUGAGCAGCGAGAUCUUCCCGAUCCGCCUGCGGUCCCUCACUGGCUCAUUCGCCGCCAUGUGCCAGUGGCUCGCGUCGUUUGCGUCGACCAUGGCCGCGCUCGACCUGCAACUGAAGCUAAAGUGGGGUCUGUUCAUCUUCUUCGCCGGGUGCUGCUUUGCGACAUUCGUCUUCACCUACUUUUGGGUGCCCGACACCAAGGGCAUUCCGAUCGAGUGCAUGGACGCGCUGUUCGCCGGCCCGAGCAGGCACAUGCAGUUCCGCCAGAAGAAGGUCUUCCCGCCCGACGGCAUCCCACCGUACCCCGACCGGGCGCUCAACUCGCUGUCGUAUGCGUCGUCCCUGCAGAAGCAGCACACCGAGGUGUCUGAGCACGAGUCAAAGGUUGGGGCCGAGAUUGCGUAG